GCCAGUCGGGGCUAUCACUGUACGAGGUUCGCGCGCGCAUCACGGCUUUUCGGCACUUGUCUUAAUAAUUCAUCGAUUCCAGAGCUGUCUCUGUUCAGAUUACCUAUUGAACAGGAAAGACGCCUUCAGUGGCUGCGCCUAAUAUUUAACUAAAAGUGACAACCCUAAGACAGUAGGCAAUUAUAUCGCGGAUUGGGAAGAAGAUGGCCUACUUCCCCGUUCUUUAUACUAUGCUGGUACCGUACGGUCGCAUUCGAUAUUUGCACAUUGCGCGUUUGACUAAAAUUCCAGUAAUCCUCAAACUUUCUUGCGUAUUGUCGAUCAAUUUUGCGCAAUUAAUUUAUUAUAAGUCAUGAAUUCUUACAAGUGUGGCGCCUGUGACGAAUCGCUUUCUGAUGGGGCUCACUGCACAAUCUGUAAUCAAGAACUGCACUUCCACUGUGCUGGAAUAACAGAGGCUGGUUAUCGAAAAUUGGGUGAUAGAAGGCUUACUUGGCGUUGUAGCAAGUGUAAAAUAAGUAAUGCUUCUCAGCCACCGUCGUCACCAAGGAUUGAGCCAGAAUCACUUAACCUAAAGGAAAUAAGAGCUAUCGCUCAAAAACUAGCUCCACUGGAAACCUUGAGACACGAGAUAACUGAGCUACGUUCGGAGUUUGCAGAUUUAAAAUCGUCACUGAGCGAAACGAAUACGGAGAUAAAGGAGUUCAAUGGGAAAAUCAAGGAAAUCGAAGCGCGUCUACUACAAGUGGAGAAGGUCGUAGAACAAGUGGAUCUCAUUCAUGCUCGCUUAGAUAAACUUGAGGAAGGAAAUAAUACUAAGGAGCAGUGGACUAGAAUGAAUAACAUAGAAAUAAAGGGUUUGCCUCAAAAUAAUCACGAGAACUUGUUCGACAUAAUUGGUAAAAUUGGCGCUAAAAUAAGUUAUCCAGUGUCUAAAGCUCAGAUCAACUUUAUUACUAGGGUGCCAAGCCGUGAGAAGGAUCAUACAAAGCCUAUUAUAGUGUGUUUCUUGAACCUCAACGUGAAAGAGGGCUUCAUUGCUGCGGCCAGACUAACUGUCAAAACUGCUCCCUUAACUACGGGACAAAGCGAUCUUCCAGGGAAUCAACGGAUUUUUAUCAACGAUCACCUGACAUUACAUAAUAAAGCCUUGCUAUCUAAAACCAAGAAGAUGGCCGCAGAAAUGGAUUUUCGCUAUGUCUGGGUCAAGCACAGCAAAAUACACGCGAGAAAGACCGAGAUAUCUCCUACGAUAGUGCUAAAAAACGAGAAAGACCUCAUCAAAAUAAAAUAAACCUGUUUACAUUUCGAUCAAACCCUGUAAAAAAAGUAUUAAUGUUGUUACUUAAUUGUACAAAAUCAGUCAACAAAAAUAAGUUUGAGAAUCAUGUGUUGUUGUGUGCUACGUGCGUAUUCCAUCAAUCACUGUGUCAUCUAAUUGUGCACCUCAUAACCA